CAUGUGAUCGCCUUGCUAAACGAGAGAGUCGGUAUCCACGCCCGCAAAUUAAUCGCUGCGCUCCUCGAGCCUAGGUGCUCCUCUACUGAAACGCGUCCGGUAAUCGAACACCCCUGAGCGAGACAGGAGUUGCAGCAGCAACGGAGGCAGCCACCCGAUGUCGCAGCGUUAUAAACCACACCACAGACCAGUCAAAAGUCCACACCAAACGAAGGAGUUCUCGAGCCCCAGACAAUCCCCAACAACGUCAUGGCGGGCGACAAUAUCUGGGAGGAUGAAAUCUUCGCAUCCGUGGCUCGUGACCGGCCCAACCCUACCUCCCGCUCCUCCUCCACCGUAUCCCCCGCCGACCAGGCCGCCCCCUUCUUCCAGUCGGUCGGCGACGUCAGCCUCAGCGACGCUCACCUCGCCGCAGCCGGAGAAGAGGGCGAGCCCAAAUUCACCGGCUGGGACGGGUUCUGGUCGGAUCCGCUCUUCGAGAAUGUCGCGGGUCGGCGCGACCGCGCCGCGGGGCAGCAGGACCGCGAGUUCUGGAAGUAUGAGCUGGACGAGGCGAUCCCGCUGUCGAGUCUCUUUCCCUCUCUCGACUCCGACGCGUGGAACGAGCUGCGGUUCCGCAAAUCGGCCAUCGAGUUCUGGUCGCGGCCUAUUGGGACGGAGCCCGCCGGGCUGUACCUGCGCACCGAGAUCGAGCUCAAUGGAGCGCUAGACGGCGUGUUCCAGGUCUUCCGGACCGUCCUCGGGGAGGCGGUGCAGCCCGUCCUGCGGCUGUCGGCCUAUCUCGGGGUGACCAUGGAGCAGGAUCAGACCAUGGCCAUCGACGGGGUUUCCCUGUCUGGCAGCUUGAUCGGACUGCGGACGCCCCUGCCCCCGGUGCUGGAGCUGGUCACCAUCCUGUCGGUGGGCUUGCGCCUCAACGUGGGCAGCACGACCAAUGUGGUCGGGGAGACCAGCGCGGUACAGGCCGGCGUCUUUGGAGAUCUGCAGAUCCAGUUACCGGGCCUGACGGGGUCGUUGCAAUUAGAAUAUGAAGCGGAUCUCUCCGAGGAUUGGCUGGAGCUCAGUAUGACCAUCCCGGGCAACAAGAAAUGGGAGAACGCGCUGGGAGCGGACUCGUUCCAUGUGAGAUGAUCGCGAGACCUGACCUUCCGUAAGAGUUUCCAAAGCUAACACCCCGCACUCACCAGCUGGACGAAGUCCGAUUCUUCGCAAAGAUCCCUCUUCACACAGCCGCCCCAGCAGACAUAACAACCACCUCUGGGGAUAUCAGCUCUGAUGUUAUCGCUCGCCCCGACCCGCAAGCCCUGCUUUCCAUUGCCGCAACAGCCAGAUGGAAA